AUGGCACUUCGUUUGAAGUCCCGUGGACAACUGCAUCUUCCGACGCCGUCUCAUGCGCAUGGUGUUCACAAAGAAGCAGGACAUGUGCACGGAAUGAAUAACGUUUUGGCCCUCUUGGCUGCUGCAGCCAGUGCACAGUCAAAUCCCUUUGACUUCCCUGAGUAUCCUCCUGCUGGGACUCCCGAUUGGAACGAAAUACUGGCGAGCGCCCAGGGUGUCAGACCUUAUGGAAUUGCUACCGACCCUGCUCUUGCGAACGUGCUUGUUCACUAUGACACGGGAUACUUUGGUCCGCAGAUCGAGCUGAUUCAUGCCUACUACAAUUAUGUUCCAACCGGUGUCGGCGCAUCUAGUGAUGGCUCCGUAUUCACUUGCUUCCCGCGCGGAAACGAGACCUUUACUCUCGCCAUUCUUAGCAGCCCGACGACCGAGGUUGCAUGGCCUAACGAAGACUGGAACACACCCGAGACGUUCAGUAACUCCUCGAAUCCCGGAUACAGUAUCGCUACCUCUAAGUUUCUCUUUGUACAGUCUGUCGUGGUUGAUGGCCGAGAUCGGGUAUGGGCACUGGACACUGGACGACCGCGAGUGAACGGGACCGUUCUCCUGGCCGCGGUUCCUGGCGGGCCAAAGCUGAUCGGAUUCUACCUGAACGGUACGAAUUUCGCGAGUUACACUUUCCCCAGUGACGUCGUGUACGCGGACUCCUCCCUGAACGACGUGCGCUUCGACUUGCGCGGUGGUGGCUACGCGUACAUCACAGAUAGUUCGCCGCAGCGCCCUGCGAUCGUCGUGGUAGAUCUCACGACGGGCCAAUCAUGGAGGCACUUAGAGAGUCACCCGUCCGUGAGCCUUGAUCUCAAUUUUGUUCCCCUGUACAACGGAGUCCCAUUCUACUACCACAACGAUAUCGCGCCCAAUGCUGUCAUCAACUACGAGGCUUUCGCAGUAGAUGGUAUUGCUUUGGCAGCUGAUGGCGAGCAUUUGUACAUCUCUCCCUUGUCAGACCGCCAUCUAUGGAGAAUUCCCACGUCAUUCCUCAAGGUACAGCCUUCUUCGAAAAACCCUUACGCGGGGCUACUCGCUCGCCAGGCUGUCCAGUUGGCGACUGAGACCGGAAGCAAUGCUGACGGUCUUGAGACGGAUGCAUCAGGGUACAUCUACAGUGGAUCCAUCGAACACAACGGAAUUAACCGCUUCAACAAUAACACCGGCAUCAUGGAGCCGUUCAUCCGUAACCCUGUCAUCCAAUGGCCUGACACUUUGUCUGUCGUGACGCUGCAGAGUGGAGGAAAGUACCUCUACUUCACCUCUAACCAAUUGUGGCUCAGUCCAGACUAUCAGAACGGCACGGAUCUACGUACGAAGCCGUAUGCGAUGUUCCGAGUUCCGCUGGAGGCAGGGAAAGCAACGCAGACCGAGUAG